AUCCGACACUUUAACAGGUCAUGUCUGGGUUGUGAAAAUUAUUAUAAAAUUGCGCAUCUAAUAUGUCCGAGACGGUCCAUGACAUUGAGCUACCUCAUAACUAAAACCGUGUUACCCUCGGGACAGCCGAUUCGAAAUCGAAUUACAAACAAAUCCGCUCUCUUACAACCCGUAGCCAGCUCGCUAUCAAGCUGUUAGGACGGGAGGAGAUUUUAAACAGCCUGAUAUGACCCCGGAAGUAAUCCUUAGCCGGCGAUGUGAAAAUGGCGACUUACAGCAUGUGAAGAGGACGGAUACGGAGCCGGUUUUUAAACUACAGGACCAUGUAUAAAACGCCAUGUAGUAAACUUACAGUUCUGUUAGGUGCCGGCGUUUUCCAGACACUUGCAGAAAACGGCUCGAGAAGUCACCGGUUCUCCCGUAGCGUCGCACAGCUUUGCAGGAGCUCCCAACAUGACCGCAUCACGUUUCAACAACUUAACUUCCUGAAACGCCAGUAUGUGACGAGGAGCGGCGGGGGGCUCCGGCAGCGUGCCCGGCCGAAACAGGAGCCCGCGGCGGGGGCGCUGGAGGACCACGAGGACGCGCUGGUGCGGCAGGUCCAGGACGUCCCGGCCAUAAGGCCCCCCUUCGUCACGGCGACGCGGCCGGAGGGCAAGGCCCAGGCGGAGGUGCCGGAUGCGGAGCGUGAGGCGGGUACGGAGAGGCAGUGGAAGGAGCUGAAGGUGGAGCGGACCGAGCUCCUCGGGGUGUACGCCCGCCUGUCAAAGAUCAAACUCACAGCGUUGGUCGUCGCCACGGCAGCAGCUGGCUACGCCAUGGCCCCGGUGCCCUUUGACCCCAGCUGCUUCCUGUUGGCGUCCCUGGGAACGGGCCUGGCUUCCUGCGCUGCCAACUCCAUCAACCAGUACUUUGAGGUGCCGUUUGACUCCAACAUGAACCGCACCAAGAACAGGCCGCUGGUGAGGGGUCAGAUCAGCCCCCUCCACGCGGUGCUGUUUGCGGCAGGGUGUGGUGUCUCGGGCGUGUCCAUGCUUGCGCUGGCAGUAAACCCCCUGACGGGGUUCCUGGGGGCCCUGAACGUGGCGCUGUACACCUGCUGCUACACCCCGCUCAAGAGGCUCAGCAUCGCCAACACCUGGGUGGGGGCCGUGGUGGGAGCCAUCCCCCCCGUCAUGGGCUGGACCGCAGCCACCGGGAGCCUGGACCCAGGAGCCCUGUUGCUGGGCGGGCUCCUGUACUGCUGGCAGUUCCCGCACUUCAACGCGCUGAGCUGGAACCUGCGGGAGGACUACUCGCGGGGCGGGUACCGCAUGAUGUCGGUCACGCACCCCUCGCUCUGCCGCAAGGUGGCGCUGCGUCACAGCCUGGGCCUGCUGGGCCUGUCGGGCCUGGCCCCCGCCCUGGGCGUGGCGUCCUGGAGCUUCCCGCUGGUGGCGCUGCCCAUCAACCUGUACAUCAGCGGCCUGGCGCUGCGCUUCUACAGCCGGGCGGACCGGGCCAGCGCCCGCAGCCUGUUCUUCUGCAGCCUGUGGCACCUGCCCAUGCUGCUGCUGCUGCUGCUGUCCUGCAAGCGCCGGCCGCAAGACCCGCCGCCCGCGCCCGCCCUAUCACAGCCCGGCCCCGCCCCGUCACAGCCCGGCUCCGCCCUAUCGCAGCCCGGCUCCGCCCUAUCACAGCCCGGCUCCGCCCUAUCACAGCCCGGCCCCGCCCUAUCACAGCCCGGCUCCGCCCUAUCGCAGCCCGGCUCCGCCUCCUCGUUGUCCAGCUCCGCCCCGUCGCUCGCCGGCUCCGCCCCCGGACCCGCCCCUGCCCUAUCACAGCCUGGCUCCGCCCUAUAACAGCCUGGCCCCGCCUCCUCGUUGUCCAGCUCCGCCCCGUCGCUCGCCGGCUCCGCCCCCCGGACCCGCCCUCGCCCUAUCACAGCCUGGCUCCGCCUCCUCAUUAUCCAGCUCCGCCCUGUUGCUCCCCCGCUCCUCCCCACAGAGCUAACACUCCACCCCGCCCAGUCUAGGACCGUGUCCGAAACCGUGUCCUGAAAAAACGUACGGGCUACCGAAACAUAAUGCCCUCAAGAAAUAAUACAUAUAAAUAAUGUGUUAUUUAGCUGACGCUUUUAGACUAAGCAGGGUUUUAAGGGCCUUGCUCAAGGGCCCAACGGCUGUGUGGAUCUUAUCGUGGCUACACUCAGGCUUGAACCACUGACCUUCCAGCCUUACCUAUGUUAGUCGGCCAUAUGUUUUUUCACUGUUAGUGAAUCAUCCUGUGUACUUGAUGUACGUAUGCAAAUACAAAAAAAGUACUUUUUUUUUUCGGACGUGGCCUCCAGCUUUAUUGCCCCUCCACCCCAUCUGACGGUGGCACAGUUCCCCCCCCCCCGUGCCUCUCCUGCCCCCUGAGGGGCUGUUCUGAACUGCCCCCCUCCCCAUCCUCAGCGCCCUACGGCACGUAACGUUUUCAGGGAGCUCGUAACGUAACGAUUUCAAUGUAAAUAAGUCACUGAUUGCGCACAUGCACCCGACCUUCCGCUGCUUCCUGUAAAUCUGUAGUUUUGUACAGAAUGAGUUGCCCUGUCGUCCCCUAUCAGCAUUAGACCUGAGUCUGGCUGUGGAAGUGUCCUGUUGUAGCGGAAUGAGGGUAACUGAAAGCAGGCCUCGUGGACAGUCCUGUGGCCUCAGUUUGGCUGAAACGCAGAGGCUGCCUCUGUUGGCGGUGAGCAACGGGGGUGCGGUCUGAAAUGGGCCGGCGCCUCGUAGAGACACGGUUACUGUAAACGGGAGGGGCUUGCCGUGGUUCUGCUCGCUGAUUGGAUGUCGCCGUGACGACGGGCGGCGACUCACGGACUGGGACGUUUCCGCUCGCUCUGUCGUCCGCGCCGCUGCGCCUCACGUCCGGGACCCCCCCGGCCCCCCCCCGGCGCCCCUGCGGGCCCCCCGCGCCCCCGCGGAUCCAAAGACCUCGCCAUUUCAAAACGUGCACAAAAUGUGAAUAAACAGACGCUCCGUUUCACCCGAUGCAACCACUUUUUCUGAUUUGUCCUUCCUUGUUUGUGUUUCAGCAGCAAAAAAAUGUGAAAUUAAACAUGCCGUUUCACCUGUA